CCCCACAGCCGGCGGCCGGGCUGGGGGCGGGCCCGAGGCGCGGGCCCCGCGCGGCCGCUGCUUGCUGCUGCCGCCUCUGCCGGCGGCCGGGGGACUUCAUGGCGGCGCCGAGGCGGAUGGUGUGCGGGUGAUACAGGUGUGCAAGUGCCCCAAGCGUCUCCUACAAGAUGUGUUCCACAAAUCCAGCAAAUUGGGUCACCUUUGAUGAUGAGCCUCCCUUCCAGUCAUCUCAGAAAUCAGCUGAUAAUCAGAGUACUUGUAAAGCCAAUGGCCUUAAACUCAACCUCAGUAGUGUGCAUGAAUCUUCAAGUAGGUCAUCUUCUAUAGGCAGCACUCCACUCUCAUCUCCUGUAGUUGACUUCUACUUAAGUCCUGGGCCCCCCAGCAACUCUCCACUUACUACACCUACCAGAGACUACCCAGGAAGUCCAUGCAUCCCAAAGCCUGGGAUUCACAUCCUUUAUCCUAUCCCUGAAUGGCCACCAAAUGUUAACCCCCUUCCGUCACCUGGGGGUUGCUCAUCCCCAGCCUUGCAGAAACCCAGCAGUUUUGCUUUGAGCGCUUUGCCUGACGACCAUCCAGCUAAGGCUUUGGUCUCCAAAUCAACCGAUGAAGGAAGCCCUAAUCCUUCAGGAAGCUGUGAGGAGUCAGGAGAGCUGGGAUCAGCACCAGGGCAUUUCCCAUACUUUCAGGGUGACUGUGCUUUUUCCAGUCCUUUCUGGAAGGCAGGCUGCUCGCUCGGCACAUCUCCAGCUAGCGCCAGCACGCACAAGAAGGACAAAGCGCUUGACAGGAGCAGCUCCCACCCUAAAGACAAAGAAACUUGCCACGACCAGAAGAGCCUCAACCAGGGCUCCUUCAGCUACAUCUGUGAGAGGCUGGAGCACCUGCAAGCCGACAGCGGCGCCGCCACGGGAAGCUCGCCCACCUCCAGCGCUCACACGUGGCACGAGCUCUCGCCUGCUGUCCCACGCAGCCUCUUCAGGAGCCAGCAAGCAGAGGGGUGGCCCUUCAUGCUGAGGAUACCUGAAAAGAAGAACAUGAUGUCGUCUCGCCAGUGGGGCCCCAUUUACCUCAGCGUCCUAGCUGGAGGUGUGUUGCAGAUGUAUUACGAAAAGGGUCUGGAGAAACCUUUCAAGGAGUUCCAGCUGCAGCCGCACUGUAAGCUGUCUGAACCCAAGCUGGAGAGCUAUAAUGUCUUGGGAAAGAUCCACACGGUGAAGAUCGAGUGCGUGUCUUACACAGAGAAGAGGAGGUACCAUCCUAAAGCAGAGGUGAUCCACGAGGCAGAGGUGGAGCAGAUGUUAAAGCUGGGCACCACGGAUUACGACGACUUCACCGAUUUCCUGGUCACGGUCGAGGAAGAGCUGAUGAAGCUUCCUGCCGUUCCCAGACAAAAGAGGAACUACGAAGAGCAAGAAAUGACUCUGGAAAUAGUGGAUAACUUCUGGGGGAAGGUCACUAAGGCAGAAGGAAAGCUUGUGGAGAGCACUGUGGUCACGCACGUUUACUGCCUGUGCUUUGUGAAUGGAAGCGCUGACUGCUUCCUGACCCUGAACGACCUGGAGCUCCAGAAGCGGGACGAGCGAUACUUUGAGAAGGAGGAAGAGAAGAAGUGGAUUGAGAUCCUCGACUGCCGCUUCCACAGCUGCGUCAAAGCGCAGGACUUCCGCCAGUCGCGGAUCGUUAAGUUCUCCCCCCCGGAUGCCUGCAGGCUGGAGCUGAUGCGCUUCAGGACAGGGUACAAUGGGCAAGACCUUCCCUUUUCUGUGAAGGCUGCGGUGGUGGUUCAGGGAGCCUAUGUUGAACUUCAGGCUUUUCUGAACAUGUCCUCAAGCGCUGCGGCCCCGCCGCCUUUACCCGCCGGCAGGUGCUGUGAAAAUGUCAUGAUACGCUUUCCCGUCCCCACACAGUGGAUCAAAGCACUUUGGACCAUGAACCUCCAAAGGCAGAAGUCCCUCAAAGCCAAAAUGAACAGGAGGACGUGCCUUGGUGCUUUACACGAGGUGGAGUCGGACCCCGUGAUUCAAGUCUCAGUUGGAACGGCCAAAUACGAGAGUGCCUACAGGGCUGUGGUGUGGAAGAUAGACAGGCUGCCAGAGAAAAACUCAAGUUCUGAUCAUCCACACAGCCUGUCUUACAAACUGGAACUGGGAUCAGACCAGGAAAUACCAUCUGACUGGUAUCCAUUUGCUACUGUCCAGUUUGUGGUCCAUGACACCUGUGCCUCAGGAACAGAAGUCAAGUCACUGGGCAUAGAGAGUGAUCUGCAGCCCCAGAAACACGUGGUCCAGAAAGCUUUUUACAACUGUCAGGUUGAAAUUGAAAAGAAGUGGAUUAGGCUUGAUGGAGAAGAUCCAGACAGGGCUGGCAACUGCCUAAUGCAGUAGAAGAGGACAGGAGGCACCAUCCUGGGAUAUGAGUAGGAAUCAAUUUACAUAGGAAAUUCUAUUGUAAGAAGCAGCACAGUGACCUAGUUUAGGAUAAAAAUGGUCACUGAAUUUGUCUCUGUUAUUUUCAGUGCUUUUGGGUUUGAUUCUGCCAAUCAGUACUUGUUUGCCUGGCCUGUGUUCAAGUAAACUUCCUGUCAGGGGAAGCAAGGUCUCCUUGUAAAGGGUUGCAGGAUGUGAGCACUUAAUUGACAGACUGUAAAAUAUUCUGUUUCUGUUGUGUGUCUGUGACUUGGGAAUGAUCUCAUACUCCAUAGUGAAACCUAAUGGCACUCCUCAGAGUUCCUGGCACUUGGAUAUAUAAUACUCAGCAACCCAUUUGGGUGCAUUCCAGUGUGAUCUGGUAUAGGUGAUCCUGCUCUGGCAGGGGGAUUUUGAGGUCCCUUCCAGCCCCUGCUGUUCUGUGGUUCAGCAAUCAAACUGCCAAAGUGCUUCUAUGCAGAACAGCAUCAAUGCAAGGGCCAGCAGAAUCAAGUGCAUCUUUUAGUGGUGUUUGAAAACUGAAGUCCUCCUGAGAGGGAUGAGCAGGACAUAAGAUUAUUCUCAACAAGAGCCUCAAUUAAUGAGCUGGAAACUGAGUGAUGUAAUUGGUCAAAUGGGGCAAAUUCCUCUGCAAUAAUAAUAUUGUCUGCAAUAUUUUUCUGUUGCUGUGAGUGUUCCCUCCCCAGCACUUUAUAGAUUCACUCCAAGUAAUCUCUUGGGCAAAAACCCAUAUGGCAGAUGUGGCUGCAGUUUCUCUGCCAGCAUCAGACAAAUCUUUUUCACUACUGCAGCAAGUGAGACAAGAGUCAGAUCCUCAGCAAGCUUCAGUCAGUCCAGACACACUCAAUUUGAUGAAGCUUGGAGGAUUUACACCAGCAGGGGGUUUUCCCCACAAACAGAAGAAGUGACAGGUGAGACAGUCUUUCCAUGCAUGGGGAGAUUUUCAUGCUACUGGCUCUAAAGAUGUUUUCUGUGGAAAAUGAUGCAGGAAUGGACUAUGGGAAGGAGAAGUGAAGCUGUGAUGCUUCAGCAGGCAGCUAACUGAGAUGCCUAUCAAUGUGUUAGGCCUGUUCUCCACAAACUUUUGGCACUUAAGAAUCAUAGAAUUGUCAGGGUUGGCAGGGACCUCAGGGAUCAUCUAAGUCCAACCCCCCUGCCAUGGGCAGGGACACCUCACACUACAGCAGGUUGCUCACAGCCACAUCCAGCCUGGCCUUAAAACCCUCCAGGGAUGAGGCUUCUACCACCUCCCUGGGCAACCUGUUUCAGUGUCUCACUCUUAUGUUGUCCUACCAACAGGCAUCAGAGUGGUUGAACACUCCCAUGAGGACAAUGGCUUGUGAAUGCAAGCUGCACCUAUCUGUUUAUUGAGAGCCUCACCCACGUGGUCGUCUUGGUCAGGGGGCCUGUAGCAGACCCCCACUAUGAUGUCACUUUCCAUUGCCUUCCCUUCAGUCCUCACCUGUCAGUUGUCACCUCUUCUUCUGUCCCCAGGUUAAGCUCCAUGGACUCCAGUUGGUCUUUGCUGUAGAGGGCCACACCCUUUCCCCUUUUCCCUGUCUUUCCUAAAGAGCUUGUACCCAUCUAAUGCCACACACAUGGGAACCAUCCCACCAUGUCUCAGCAAUGCCAAUAACACCAGAGCCCUGCAGGCAUGCCCAAGUCUGUAGCUUCUCUUGUUCUCCAUGCUCUGUGCAUUAGCAUAGAGCCAUUUAAGUUGAGGCUCCAUUGAAGUUGGUUUACUGACUGGGGGUUCCCUUUUCCUGCUCUUCAAGCGUUCCCUUCACAGCCUGCAGUCCAACUCCAGGCCCAGGGUGACUAUUGGUGCCAUUGGCUUUGAUGUGGGAUGGCUUGAGCACCCCUUCCCCUAGCAGCUCUAGUUUAAAGCCCUCCUCAACUAGAUUGGAAAGCUUGUGGCUAAGGAUGAUCUUCCCCUUCUCUGAAAGAUGGACCCCCACUGGCCCCCAGCAGACCAGAUCUCUGAAAGUAAGCUUUGUGGCUCAGAUAGCCAAAGCCCUGCCCUCUCCCCCUGUCCAUUUAAGAGGGGGAGUGAUAGAGCAGCUGUGGUGGACAUCUGGCAUCCAGGCCAGGGCCAAACCAUCACACCAGGACACCACUCCCUCAACCAUUUAUGAAUUUUUUCCUAUUCUGUCAUCCCUUUCAACCCCCAAAUCCUUCACUGCUGCUCCCAGUGCCUUGUAAAUCCUUCUUGAUGAUCUUUAGGUUGCUCACUGCUGUGUUGUUGCUGCCCAGAUGAAACAGCAGCAGUGGAUAAUAGCCAGUGGGACCUGCAAGGUCUGCUAACCUCUGUGUUGCAUCCCUGAUGGAAGCCCCUGGUGGGCAACUCACCUCUCUAGCUUGAUGGUAGGACACAAGUGGGUGCCUCUGUGCCUUUCAGAAGAGGUAUCACAGAAAGGUCAUUCACUACUCUUCCCUGCUCCUUUUUUCUUGAUGGCUGUAGUAGUUCCCUGGCAGGGAGCUGCUCUGGCUGGCUCACCAGGGCCUGUGAGCCUACCAGAUGCAGGUUCCUUGCCGUGCUCUGUCUGCAGAGCCUUGAAUGAAUCCUGCAAGGUCACCUCAGGCUUUGAUGGAGGUUUCUUUGUCCUGCUAAUUCUAACCCUU